AUGGACUCCUACAACUCGUACCGCGACCGCGAACGCGAUGUCCCUGCGCGCUCACCGAGCGACCGUGAAUGGACCCGUGACGACAGAAAGUCCGAUCGCGCAGACAGCUUCUAUCGUGGACGUUCACCUGGCUUUGAUCGCACUCGUCGUCGAUCCCGUUCCCCCCCGCCUGUCGACAGAUACGAACCCCGGGCCCGCGGCCGAGAGGACUAUGGACCUCCCCGUGAUCGUGAAGAUCGUCCUCGUCGGGUAGCCUCACCCCCAGCCAACAUUGAUCGCUACGUCCCGGGCCAAGGCGCGAAUGAGCCUCCCCCGCCUGCCGUCAACCCAUUGACAGACCCUGUCAAGCUACCCUUCCAGGUCGGUUUCUCCUACUUCGGGGAGUGGUGGCGGGCGAAUGAGAAGAUCAAAGAGGAGAAGGAACGUGCUCGGACAGGGCGCCGUCCCGAGCGACCGCGUGGCAGAGACUCCCAAGAGGACAGAGACAAGGAGAAGGCCAAGAUCCAGGCCGCCUACGAUGUGUACAAGGAGGAGCUGCAGGCAAAGAUGGCCCGCAGCUUCGUCAGUGAGCACAAGAAAGAGCAAUGGUUCCGCGAGCGUUACAUCCCCGAAGUUCGAGACGGCCUCCGUGCGCAGAUCAAUGAGUUCCGCCGGGGCGCCUAUAGCCAAUGGGAGCAGGACCUCGAGUCUGGCACGUUCGACGAGUUUUCUCUCGAGGGACUUCCCAAGAGCGAAAGCAAUGGCGUGGGCGGCGUGGUCGAGAAGGAAGAGGGCGAAGCUACGGCGGCGAAUGAGGUUCUUGGGGUCGGUGACCUUGUCCCUGCCCAGGGCAACGAGAUUCGUGACGAGAACCUAUACCAACCGACCCUCCUCAUCAAGACGAUAGCCCCUCAUGUCAGCCGCCAAAACCUGGAGGCUUUCUGCAAGGAACAUCUUGGCGAGGAGGAAGGUGGCUUCAAGUGGCUGUCUCUCAGUGAUCCCAACCCCAGCAAGCGAUACCACAGGAUGGGCUGGGUUAUGCUACAUCCUUCUUCCGAGACAGUCCCGCCCAUCGAUCGUGAGGACCCUAAGGAUCAGGAUGGUGAUAUGGAGCCAUCGUCGCCUGUUCCUGUCUCAACGGCCGAGAAAGCAUUGGAUGCCGUCAAUGGCAAGACUGUCAAGGACGAGGUCCGUGGCGACUUUGUCUGCCAUGUCGGAGUGCACAACCCGCCCGGUAAUCCUCGCAAGAAGGCAUUAUGGGACUUGUUUUCCGCGCCAGAAAGAGUCGAGAAGGAUCUUACUCUUGUCCAACGACUCGUCAACAAGUUUGAGGAGGAAUUCGGUUCCGAUUUCAAUGCCACCCUCAAGAUCGAGGAACGUGUGGAAGACCUCAAGAACGCCGGACGCCUCCAGCCGGCUGUUCCUGUAUCACCUGUCAAGAAGGCUAAGAAGGAGCGUAACUUGGAUCUUGACAUGGAUGAGGGUGAAGAGGGUGAGAUGGACGAUGAUGAAGACGAAGGCGCAAUCGACGAUGAAGUUGAUGACGAGGAUCUUUUGAUAAAGAAGAAGCAACUCGAUCUCAUGAUCGAGUACCUUCGUCGUGUCUUCAACUUCUGUUUCUUCUGCGUCUUUGAGAGCGAUUCGAUUCAUGAGUUGACACGAAAGUGCCCUGGUGGUCAUCUUCGCCGCCCCCGAAGCACCUUGUCGACAGCAGCCAAGAACGUAGCACGAGCCAGUGCAAACGGCGAGCCCUUUCCGUCAAAGAAACGUGAUGCGAAGGACGAGGAGGAGGGAGAGGCCACAGACGAUCGCAAGCCUCGCAUGUCCAAAUCCGAACAGCAACUUGAACGCGCGUACAAAUGGGUGAAGACUUUCGAAGACAAAAUCUUGCAGAUUUUGGAGCCCGAGACUGCAGACAUUCGGAAACUUGGUGGCAAGUUGACAGAAGACGCCAUCGCCGAUGAGCUAUCGAAGUUUGUCAAGCAGGAAGACGAGCACAAGUGGCGAUGCAAGGUUCCCGAGUGCUCCAAGCUGUUCAAGGAGGACCACUUUUGGAAGAAACACGUUGAAAAGCGUCACACCGACUGGCUUGAGCAGUUGAAGCAGGAGUUUGAUCUCAUCAAUGCUUAUGUCCUCGACCCGUCGCACAUCGCACCGUCAAGGACUGAUGCUAACUCAAACGGACACUUUCCUCCGUCCAAUGGACAGACUCAGCAGGGAACGCCACGGGGCUUCAAUCUUCAGAACUUUGCCAUGAACAACAUGAUGCCGCCAUUCCCCGGCUUUCCCGGUAUGCCUGGCAUGCCUCCUUUGUUCGCCGGUGGUGCUAUGCAGGCCGCUGGAUGGAAUGCCGGAGGCGAUGACCGUGGGGCAGGGCCAAUCCGCCGUGGCGGUGGUAACCGCUUCAAUAAUAACCGCACUGGACCAUACGACAGACGCCAGCCACAAGGACGCUGGGGUCAGGAUGGUGCAGGUGGUGGCCGUGGGCGCGGUGGUGCAGGUAGAUGGGGCGACGGUGCCGCUGCAGGUGGCGCGGCUAUGGGUCCCAGAGAGGCUGUCCAGGGCCGCAGCUUAAAGAGCUACGAAGACCUGGACCACGUCGCCGGCGGCGGUGGUGGCGAGUUGAAUUACUAG